CGGGGCGCCGGGGGAAGAGGAGGCGGAGGUGGGGAAGGAGGAGGAAGAAGAAGAAGAAGAAGAAGAAGAAGAAGAAAGGAAGAACCCGGCGCUUGCAAAAGCAUGCAAUUCAAAAGGUAAUCUUGCAUGUUGCCCCAGGGCGAAUUCCCCCUGUUGGUAGCUGAGUGAUCCCUGCUGGUUCUUCAUUCAGCAACUGUACAAGCCCCCCCGUUCUAUUGAUGGCCUGUUGUGAUUUCAAUGGAACAUCAUGGGAUGUACCUGGCCCAUCGGGCAACACAGGAUGGAGAUGUCUUUAGCCCAAUGUACCCGGCAUGGUGAUAAAGUGAACGGGGAAAGGAAGAGAAGGUGGAGAUGGAAUUGCCAAAUCAUGCCAAACAACUGCUUCUGCAGCUAAACCAGCAACGAGCCAAAGGUUUCCUCUGUGACGUGAUCAUUGUUGUCGAAAAUGCCCUUUUUCGUGCCCAUAAGAACAUCCUGGCAGCCAGCAGCAUGUAUUUCAAAUCCCUCGUCCUGCACGACAACCUCAUCAAUUUAGAUACUGACAUGGUCAACCCUACCGUGUUCCGGCAAAUCUUGGACUUUAUUUAUACUGGCAAGCUCUUAAUGACCGACCAGCCUGGUGAACAGAACUUCAACGCUCUCCUCACCGCCGCAAGCUACCUCCAACUCCCCGACUUGGCAGCCCUUUGCCGGAAGAAGCUGAAACGCAACGGGCGGUCCUUCGCUGGCAGGGCAGGCGGUGCCCCCAGCGUCGGGAGACCCCCUCGGAGUCAAAGACUUUCCACCGCUUCGGUCAUCACUCGUUAUUCGGGGUCCGCCGAAGGGAUGAAGGGCUCUCACUCCAAGGAGAUGCCAAAGGGAAAGAUCUCGGACGACGAGGUCUUCAUCAGCAGUUCCAACCAAGAGAAUCCACAUGCCUUGACCAGGGGGAUCAGCAAGAAUGGCGGCGGCGAUGGCGGCAGCAGCAGCAGCGCCAACGGGAGCAGCGGAGACCAGGAGCUCGGCCUUGACCUGUCCAAGAAAAGCCCCUCGCUUCCGGCAGCCGCCUCCCAGGAUGACGUGCCGCACAACGAAAGCCAGCGCGGCUCCCCCCGACCUGCCUCAGCCCCCGCAGCCAACAGUGCCUCAUCGUUCGAAGAGUCCACCGCCGGAGCGCCCCCGAACCUCGCCGACAACUGCGAACCCAUGGAGAUGGAGCUGAGCGAGGAGCGGCAAUCUCUCCCGGAAGGCAGCCAACGGAAGAGCCUGCGCCAUUCGUCCCGCAAGAAGGAGUGGAUCAAGAAGGACAACGCCUUCGACCGGAAGGAGGGCGCCGGCAGCAAAGGCGGCGAGGAGGGCGAGGGCCUCCCCAAUGGCAUCCUGAUGGGCCCCUUGUGUAAGUCGGCGGAGCGGAGCCUCGGCCUGGGCGCCUACGGCUCGGAGCUGCCGUUCACGUGCAAAGACGACGUGGAGAACGGGAAGGAAAACAGCGACGACAGCGGGCAGAGCGAGAGCGAGAGCGGCGGGCACACCAGUGCCAACUACGUCUACCGGCAGGAAGGCUACGAGCCCGUGGCCUUUGGGGACAACCUUUACGUCUGCAUCCCGUGCGGGAAGGGCUUCCCCAGCUCCGAGCAGCUGAACGCCCACGUGGAGAAACACACGGAGGAAGACCUCUACAUCAAGGAGGAAGGGACGUACGACGAGAAGGAGGAAGAGGCGGAGGACCUGUCCAACCCCAACCAGCCCUACACCACGGAAUCCCGGCCCUUCAAGUGUUCCGUGUGCGAGAAGAGCUACAAAGAUCCGGCCACCCUCCGACAGCACGAGAAGACUCACUGGCUGACGCGGCCGUUCCCGUGCAACAUCUGCGGCAAGAUGUUCACCCAGCGGGGCACCAUGACCCGGCACAUGCGCAGCCACUUGGGCCUCAAGCCCUUCGCGUGCGAGGAGUGCGGCAUGCGCUUUACCCGGCAGUACCGACUGACAGAGCACAUGCGGGUCCACUCAGGGGAGAAGCCCUACGAAUGUCAACUCUGCGGUGGGAAGUUCACCCAGCAGCGCAACCUCAUCAGCCACCUGAGAAUGCAUACCUCUCCUACAUAAAGCCAAAGACUCUGCAAGGAGGUCUGAGCCCAUUGGCCAUAAAGAUACCUUUCCCUAGACUUGCUGCUUUAAAACAAAAACCGUAAGACAAAAAAACAAAAAACCCACAAGAAAUAAACGAAGGGCCGUUCCCUUCCCUGUUCAGUCAUGGCGGGGGGGCUCAACCAAACAGAGCUUUAUUUCUUUCUCUUCUCCCUUCCCUUCUCCUCCUGCCACCAAAUAGAACAAAGAAAAGAACAGCCCACUUUGAAGCUGCCACCUCCAUCUUUGCAUUUCCCAUCCGCCCCUUGCCCGGCAGGUCAGAUGGUAGCGAGUUCGUGCCGCCGGCCGGCCUGGUUGUGGGGAGGUGUCGCUCGGCGACCUGGCCGCAGGUGUAGAGAGAGAAAGAGAGGGCGGAGCGGGGGUGGGGGUUUGAGAGAAUCGUUGAUGUGGCUUGGAGACGCGCCACCAUCUUUGUGACCGGAAAGAGGGGCUCCGACCACUUCUCCUCCCUCUCUUUCCUUUCUUAGCACUUUGGACUCGUAAUCGCAGCACGUGGCCGCAGUAUUAUUUCCGUCAUGCUCGCUGACGUUGGCGUACAGACUUUGGCUGUGCCGUGGUGGCCGCUCUAGCCAGCCCACGGGCCUUGAGCUGCCUGCUCCACCUGUGACCAUGGAUAGCCAUCCCUAAACGCUAUCGGGGUGGGGGUGGGGCAUUUCUGGCCAACAGGGUCCCAUUCAGUUUGUUUGUUUUCGACUGAUAUCUUUUCGGUCACCCUUAUAUUCCUCGUCCUCAAUGCCAUGGCCGUUGGCUGAAGGAGAGGAAAAAUUGGUUGGCAGCAUGACCCUUUCAUUGGCCUUCACUGUAAAUAGGGGCGAAUUGAAAGAUUCCUCCUAAAGAAUUUUUGCAUGCUAUAUAAGAGGAAGAUUUUCAAUCAGAAGGCAGCAUUCCCCCUACCCCAUAGCCCACUUUUUCAAUGGUGGAGCGUGUCCGUUCUCGCGUGGGCACACCCAACCUGUACCUCUUCUCGUCUGACCUCAUCCCACCCACCCCCAUCCUCAUUUCAACCUCUUUAGCCUUAUCCAUGACUGAAUGGGGGGGCUGGGUGCCCUCCCCGGGGAAUUUCUUUCAAGUGAGCAGGGGUUGUCUUUAUGUUGUUGAUUUUCCCUACUAGUUUUGUAUGGCUAUUCUUUGCUUAGAGGUACUUGUUUUACUACAAGGGAAAGAAACCGUUGUUAUCGUUUAUGUAAUUGUUGGAACUGGAAGGUCUGAGGUAACUCGACGGAGCGGGCGGGGAGUGGGUUUGAUGUAGGCUGGAAUUGAUACAAGUUCCUUUAGGUACUUUUUUAUUAUUAUUUUGUGCGUUUGCGUGCGUGCGUGCGUGUGUGUUUAGCUUUUUCUCCCUCACUAAAGAACGGGUCAGAAUGACUAGGGCCCGUUCCCUUUGCUACCUCUUGAAUUCAUAAGAACAAUAAGAUGGUUAGUGAAAUAUUAGGUGUGGCGUUUCGUUUCCCCCCUCCUCCCAUUCCCCCCCCCCAAUUGUAAGUAAGUGUACAAAGUAGAAACUAAAUUAAAAGUUAAGGGAUUUUUACCACCUUCCAUCAAGAAGUCAGCUUAAAUAAUUAUAGGAGAAAACUUGGCCAAAGACAAAUAGGUAGAUUAUAAACCAGAGAGGCCCAAGUGAAUAGCGCUGUAAGGGUUACUGGUUUUCACCAAAUUACUGGGGUGUUUUUUUUCCUAUCCGUGAGGAAACUUUUUUUUUUUAAAGAGCUUUUGGGCUCUUUCCAGUCUUGUUUAUUGAACCUGGAUGCCAUGGAAGGGAAAUAUCUCUUAUCCGUUGCUUCCCGAAACAUCUGUGUUAGCGCGUGACCAUCUGACAGGAUAAGUGAACCACGAGUAGCAGGCGAAAUGUUACUAAGAUCCAGAGUGCAAUAAGUUUGUGAGGGAAGCCCAACCAAAGUGUUUCAUAUCUCCCUUUUUUUAGGGGUGUGGGUGUGUGGUUUUUCUGCUUUUAUUAUUAUUAUUAUUAUUGUUAUUGUUAUUGUUGUUAUUAUUAAGGAAAUCUUAACACAUGCACACAAGUUGGAAAAAUAAUGGAAGAGCGAAAAUGUCUCACGGCGUCCGUAGAAGACAUCACGGCCAACAGCUGCUAUAGGUUAGAAGGAGAGGACCAGGGUAUCGCCCGCCAUUUUAUGGCCCCUCGACUUCGUUGGCGUGACCUUUUUUUGUGAAAAGUGAUGGCUUCCCCCCACCCCCCAAGUGGGUGGGGUGUGGGUGGUAAAAAUUUCGCGGUCCCUUUAGAAUCCUGUCUAAAUUGAGUAAGGUUUACAUUUUUUUUUCCUCUUUAACUUUCUUGCUCAAAACCAUUGUUCUUUUUAUGAUGAUGAUGAUGAUGAUGACGAUGAUUAAUAUUAUUAUUAUUAUUAUUAUUAUUGAUAGGGUUUG